GAAGCUGUCGACGAUGAGGGGGUUCUAGAGAUGUAAAGCUCUUGUGGAAUCCGGAUAUAACCUGUUAUAUAUAACCUGUUAAAAUGAUCCAAGAGGAACGACACCAGCACAUCUUCUCCCUGCCAAACGAGGUCUUCGUUCAAAUCCUUACUCCGUUCUCCACGCGAACCCUCCUUCCUCUGGCCCGGGUAUGCCACCGAUUCCACGCCCUGGUGCUUCGGAUCCUCCACUACCGCCUACUGACGGCCGCCUCGCUGAAAGAAGACAAACUCAUCCUCGAAUGCUUCCAUCCAAGCUCGAAACUGACGGAACCACACGUCUUCUGUACAUAUCUGGGCACGGAUGGGCUGGGCGAUGGGUACGAGGGGGGCUCUUUAUAUGAGAACGUGGACCCGGCCGAGUGUCUGGGAAGACUUGGUUCUCUUUACUCUCGCUUUCGACCGGAGAACAAUGAAAAUGAUACUCAAGACAAAACGGUAAGGAGAAUCAUCAACCUAGACGACACAGAGGACUUUUCGCAACUCUGUGUCAUGGCAAAUCUGGUCAAGGUCCUGGCAGGAAGAAACCGGCUGCUUAGCGCCAUCACCGUCGACGAAGGCAUUAUCCGGGUGUGGAGGGACUGGCUAAAGCGCCAGUCGACAGCAGAUUCUUCACAGCCCACUGCCUCGAACGACCCUCGAGAUCAGUCGAUCUUAUGGGUGGACAAGGGGAGAAAUAUCGGACUGAAAGUACGGGCCAGGGAAUCCCAGACGGAGUCGCUUCCAGUCCUUGUACACCGUGAUGACUUGUCAGUCACCUACGAAGUAGACAUAGAGGAAUUUUAUGUCCGAACAACGCGGCUGCUAUUGGCAGUGGAACAGGCUCUUGAGGAACAGAAGAACUAUACCAAGGCAGUCAUUUUUGGCGCCUACCCUGUAUGAAUGAUCUACGCAGCAUAUGUAUAUAAUUUGCAGAGCUCUGCUUUGCAACGUCUUAUCUAUAAUUAUAUAUAUAAAUUUAUAG